CGAAGACUGUUUGUUCUUCCUCUAUAUAAAGCCCUCAUAGCUCACACGGCUAAGCAAGUGAAGUGGGGUUUAGAGAGAAAGUGAGGAUAGAGAGAGAAGGUGGAGGAGAAAAUCAGUCCAGCAAAGGGGGAGGUUAGAUCUAGAUUUUGUCUGCUUCAUCUUGGUGAUAGCAAUGUGUCCGCCUUCACCCAUGCCGCUUCGUGCUCUUGGGCCGGGUUGUUCAGAGAAGGACAUCGUUUUGCAUCUUGACAAAUUGAUGUGUGGAUCCCGUGCCCCGGAUACUGUGCUUGAUUAUGUAAACCCAUACCAAAAUCGGCCUCAGCAUUUGCCUCCUGAUGUAUGGUACCUAGUAAACUCAACUGGGCCAAAGGAGACUGAUGAUGGAUUCUGGACUGUGAAAGGGGAUGCUUGUGAGAUCUUUGAAAAUCCUGUUAUUAAGGGAUGGAGAACUAAUCUGGAAUUUUUCGAAGGCCGUGCUCCUUAUGGAUUGAAAACUGAGUGGGGUAUGCAAGAGUACAGCAUAACCCGAAAGGGAGAACACAAAGACUUCCAGAAGCAGUCUAGAGUGCUGUGUAGGGUUAUCAAAGCUAGUGGGAGUUUCUCCAAUCUGGUUCCGUCAGUUGUUCCUAACGCUACCAGUACUUCAGGCAGAAGUUCCUCUAUGGAAUCUCAGACGGGGAGCAACACUAUCAGCACUAGGUUGCCUGAGGUUCACAGAACUGAAAGUGAUUAUGUUUCAACCGAUGAUUUCAUGGAAUUGAAUGAUCUUGAAGGAGACAUUAGACAGUCACCAGAAACCUACAGGGUUGAGCAUCCAUCUGACCAAGAUGUUUUGUAUGAUGGCUUCUUGGAAUUGGCUGAUCUUGACAAAGACAUUAGCGAAUCCCCUGUGGUUGAAAAACCUGAAAGCCCCCUUGGUGUAGAUGUUGCUGAUACCAUUUCAAGAGGCGACUACCUGGAACUAAAUGAUCUUGGAGAAUUUGCAUCCCAUUCUUCCAGUUCAGCAAAUUCCAGUCAUCGGAAAUCUGAUGAAUUUUUUGCCCUGCUAAACUACCUGGAUGAUGAGAAAAAUCAUGAUCCGCAGGCUAAGGGUUCGGGCUUCCAUUGCAAUUACAUGGGAUCCGGGAGACCAAAUGAAGUGAUAUUGCCGCCUGCUACAUCAGAAUUGAUGAUUACCGGGACUGGUACAAAUGAACCAGAAGUUCAGACUCGACCAACUUCAUCCACCAAAGCAAAAUCUUCCGAUAAAGUUCUCAAGGAUCCAAAUGUCAAGAGGCCAAAGCCUGAAUCUGGAAAUGAAGACUCAUCUACUGCUUCUUCCAGCAGGCACAGAAAGAAGAAGUUUAAGAAGUACUUCUGCUUCCUCCCUUUCUAAUUUAUCAGUAUUCAGCAUCUAUGACCAUAUAUAUACAUAUUUAAUGAGAGUGUGAACAUAGAUAUAGAUAGAUAUUACAACUCUACACUACAGUAGAGAUAUAUGAGUGCCCUAUUAUAGAAUAACAACCCCCCCCCCCCCCAAAAAAAAACAAAAAAAAAAAAAAAAAGAACAAAAAACAGGGAAAAAGAAAAAAGAAAAAAGAAACUUUGGGACUAGUUAAGUAAGCAUGAUGUGCGGAAGUGAGGAAUGACUACCGUAACACUGCAUUUGACUCAUAUGAGCUCGAGAAGAGUAGGAGACAGAGUUUAGUGAUGAAUGACACAGAUUUGUACAUCCUGUGUUGACACAGAUGUAUAACCAGAAUGGAGUUAUUGAUAUGGUCAUAUGUUAAUGUUUUUGUGCCAGUUAGCACUGGCAUUUUUAGCUCCUCUUGAGCAAGACCAAACAUUGCCCAGGAUGCAUUGUGUUAUUUAUAUUGGUAGUUGUCUGUGUAUAAAUCUUUGAUUACUUCUUCACAUAACUAUUGAAUAUUAGAUAUGAUUCAAGAUUGAUUUGUAUCUGUCUCACCUUCAAUAGUUGACAAUUUGUUACUAGUUUACUUCUUUCUA